UGGUCUUUGGCUGCUGCUGCUAGUUUCCGCGUGGGUGACCAAGUUAUUGCGGAGGGCAAAAGUGGUCGGGUUUGGGACCUUAAUAGAGAAUUGGUAUUCACUUGAAUAAGGGCUAGAAAUGACGGUGGGAAAAUGGGUCAGGGCUGCUGUAACGAGGAGAGUAUUGGAGGUUGGAGCUGAGGGAACUGGUAUAAUUCACCGGGUGGUCGUACUUUCCUACUCUUAGAGAUCCUUUACAAUUAGCUUCUCACCCCUACCCCCUUCGCGUAUCCAGAAAGCGAUCAGACAGGCUCAAACUUCCCCUCUACCUCCUGUUUGCAACUUCCAGGCAAGAUCCCCCUUGAUCUCUGCCACAAUUCUCCCCCCACAUCCCACCUGCCUUGUACAUUUCCCAGGAAGUCAGCUGCCUUACCUGCUCCAGAUUUCUCAUUUUACCGGAUCGCUGCUGAGGGACACAUGCCGAGGCAACUGAAGAGAGCAUGCCGGGGUACACCUGAGCCUGAAAUGGAGGCGCCAGCAGGUAAACAUAUCAAGGCCAACAAGACUGAGACUCCAGUUAAGCCACUGGGAGAAACAAAGACCUCUGACUCCCCAAAGAAGAAUCAGGCCACUAAAGAUAGUAGAAAUGAGCCAGGCUGUUACUGGCUAAUGAAAUCAGAGCCAGAAAGUCGGCUGGAGAAAGGCAUAGACGUGAAGUUUGGCAUUGAGGAUCUCAAAGCCCAGCCCAAACAGACAGCAUGCUGGGAUGGUGUUCGAAACUACCAGAUUGUGAAGGAGGCCUACCCUGACCACACACAAUUUGAGAAAGACAGCCCUCAUUAUGACCCAUCCAGCAAGAAAGACAAUCCCAAGUGGUCCAUGGUGGAUGUUCAGUUUGUUCGAAUGACCAAACGUUUUAUUCCCCUGACUGAGCUGAAGGGCCAUUACCAUACCCACAAAGCCAUCGGUGGCCCUUUACAAAACAUGGCUCUCUUCACCCGUCAGAGACUCUCAGUGCAGCCUGUGACCCAAGGAGAAUUUGAUUUUAUCUUAAGCCUGGAAGAUAAGAAGCCAAAUUAAUCAGCAGCUUCUUCUUGUUCUCCAACCAAGUUGUGCCUCUCUGACAAGGAGGUGAGAGGGAUUUGGAUUUGCUGGUUACUUUUUUUUCUUCAGGGCUGGUCCAUUUGUGUACCUAGAAUAUGUGUGGGUUUUUUUUUUUUAAUUAAAACAUCAGUAUCAAAGGACA